AUGUCUACCCGCCAGCCGCCCCCAGCUUACACAGCGCCACCCGAGUCGGGGGUGCAUGCUGUAUCACAGCUGUACAGAUCGAUCUCUGAGACCGCCUCCGACACAUCUGCCCGUGUUUCAAAGGAGAAGUUCACCAUUCGACCAUGCUCAGCUCAAGCGUGGGUUGUACCCGCCGGCCACAUCUGCCGCCUUACAACGCCCGACGGGCCACAGGUUGGAGAUCUGAACAUUUGGAACGCGAGUAACCCCCGGGAACGGAUGUGGGCUGCACGUACCCGACAGAUUCACGCCUCCCACGUAUCCGUAGGCGACCGGCUGUGGUCGAACCUGCCCUACCUACGGCCCCUAGUUACAAUUACUGGCGACUCGCUUGGGGGCGGGCAGCUGCAUGAGGUACUUGGGCCGGAUGGCAAGCGGAAGCCGGAGGUAGUAUUCGGGCCUACGCAGUUUGGAGGACGGGUGCAUGAUUUGAUGGGUACGCGUUGCGAUCCCUAUGUCAAUCUCCUGAUGGGUGGGGAGACGUUUGAUUUCCACUGCCACUCGAAUCUUACGCGGUCUGUGGUUCCAUAUGGGUUGACGGAGCUGGAUGUCCAUGAUGUCUUGAAUGUGUUUCAGGUGACGGGUCUGGAUAAGGAUGGGAAAUAUUUUAUGGAGACAUCCCCUGCAAAAGCGGGCGAGUACUUUGAGUUUUUCGCCGAAGUAGAUGUUCUCUGUGCGCUGUCGGCGUGCCCUGGAGGUGAUCUUUCCCAGUGGGGCUGGGAUGAUAAGGAAGAUGGCAUGGGAUCGACCUGUCGUCCACUGGGCGUGGAGGUAUAUCAAUUGGAUAGUAAGGUCCUGGAGGGGUGGAAGGCACCGGAGAGUCCUCCAUACAAGGGAAUGCACGGCCUCAAGAUGCCGUCCCGCGAGGAAGACGGCUACGUGGGGCUCUAA